ACAUAGGGACACUUUUAUCGGUUGCGGUAUUGAGAAUAUGAAAGUAGUAAUGUGUGGUGUACCAGUAUAGUUGAGUAAAUGGCACCAAUAAUAGUGGUCUAAUAUGCAUCAGUAGUUAGAAUGCCGUAGGUGUCGCACGUUGGCGACACGCUUUAUUUUGAAGUAUUUUGCCGGAAGUUAAAUAUUUUUGUUCAUCCUCUGGCUUCACUCGUGCAUGCGGAGAGAUCGCGGCGCAUUCCGACGUGAGCGAGAUGUAAGCACUGUUCGGACUUUAUGUCUCCAAACCGUCUCCACGCGCAAUUUCAAGGAAUAAAAUGUCCAGGUUGAAGGAGUCCAGUACUUGUCCCGACGGAUACCGAGCUCUGAGCACCAGUGAGCUGCGGGAGCUUCUACAGAACGACGAAAAAAUGGACCAGAUUAUUCGGCUGAAUGAAACGUUCCAGGAGCUUCAGGUGGAGAGGGAGACGCUGUUGACCUCCAAUCGAGGUCUGGCUGAGGAAAGUCUGGCCCGCCGACCCCGACUCAACAACGGCAAACUCCAGCUGGCGGAGAAAUACAGCGAACUGUCCAACCUGGCAACGUCAUGCUGGGAAAAACGAAGUCAGAUCGAGGACCGCGUCCAGAAGCAGAGCCUGCAGACGGCCCAGAACCUCCUGCAGGAAGAGGUGGCACGUGCUGAGGAGCAAUCAGAGGAGCUGCUGGAGAAGUUCAUGGAGAGGAACGUGAGCCUGGACGAGUUCUUGGACUCCUUCCAGAGCUCCAGGAAGACGUACCACGUCCGUCGGGCGCAAGCGGAGAAGAUGCAGGAGCUGGUUCGGGCCAAGCAGCAGCAGCAGCAGAGCAAGACCAAGACGGAGGAAGGAAGCAAAGUCCCCGAGGUGAGGAGAGACUCGGAGCAGCCCAAGGAGCCUCAGCGGCCCAACGGCUUCGUCGCACAAGGACCUUUGAGGGUGUUUCAGGUACGCUACGGUCUCACGCCUGCCAUCCUCCUCCCCCAUUACCCCGUUUCUCCCCCGGCUUCUGCGCCAAACCAUCAGAGUAGUGCCCCAACAGCAGAACCCCACCUAGGACAGACCCACAUCCUCAGCCCCAGCGCCCCUCUACCGGGACAUGGGCAACCUGUGGGCCUUAGAGUCAUCGGACAGCUAUCAGGUGGUUGGCCACCUAGUGGACGGCCGGUGAGACUGCAGCAGCUUUACAGGCCCAACCCACAGCAGCCAGAGCCGCCGUUCCGAUAAACUCCCAGUAGGCGGAGCCGGGAAGAGGAAGUGGAGACGGAGGAGGAUGAAAAGCCAGAUUGAAAGGUCUUCUACCGUGAGGGACCAAACUGAGUCUGUCACACUCAUGUAGACUGGCCCAGAGGUGGACAGCACCGCUGACCUUUGUCUCUGUUCUCCACCCACGACACACGGUCUGAACCAUCAGAGGAAAGUGUGGACGGACAGAGAGGUGGCCGAGGGCGGGGGCGGCUAAAAUCUUGGGGGAGGGGCUCGGAGGCUUAGACCUUUUUGAAAACAUCCGAUUUUUGAAGCACAUAAAACUCAACCCAUCGCACACAAAAGAAAACAGUGAAAUAAAGAGAAGUGGAUCAAGGACACAUAUCUGGAGUUCAAACGUUUUGAAAAGCUGCUGGAUUUUUACAAAACAUUUCCAACUCUCUUCAAGAGUUCAAUGGUAGAAAAAAGGAUGUGAACACCUUUAAGCUUUAUCUUGAAGAAAAUAUUUUUUUUCUUUUUACAUAUGAAUUCCAUAUUCCACGUUAUUAUGCAAUCUGCCUCAGCAGAAAAGAACGGAAUGUGGUUUUAUGAUCCAGGUGAUGAGAAAAUACGAAUCGUGAAAAAUGUGUCCUUUAACGUAAGACAACUUUAGUAAGGAUGUCCAGGGAUAUCAGUUAGCCCAGGCAUAGGCAAACUAAGGCCUGGGGGCCGGAUGAGGCCUGUUCUUUUUUAAUCCGGUCCGCCAAACUUUUCCAAAUCAUAUAAUUUAUUUAUAUUAUCAUUACACCUCUACCUUUCCCCUGCAAUACCCACGUUUCCCAAUAGAUGGCAAAGAAGAAGGCAUUUUAGCAUUUUAGCCUUUAUGCAUGACUUGUUAUUUAUCUGAGUUCACAUGAGGGCUCCAUCUAUCUGCUCCUACC